AUGGCGGAGGGUUCCGAGGAGGAAGAUGAAGACGCUGCCACUUUACAUGUUCAACAACUCAGUGGCACAAAGAACAUGGUGCGCGUGCCCAAGACCAUGACAAUCAGAGUCCUGAAGACGCGCCUGGCGCGAAUUUGCGGCUCGCCACCUUACGCACAGAUGCUGCUUCAAGGUCACGCAAUACUUGAGGAUGACCGAAUCAUCCAAGAGAUUUGCCAAGCGGAUGAAGCAGAGUUGCAGCUGAUUUGCCAGCCAUGCAAGACUGAAUCAGGGCAUCAGCUCAUUGAAUGUGUGAGGAUGAAUGACCUCGUGGCACUGGGCACAUGGCUGCGCUGGCCCAUGCACCCGGACGCUGCACGCCCCAGCGAUGGCCUCACUGCCCUGCUGGCCUCAGCGCUGCUUGGUGGAGCAGUGUGGCUCACGAAAUUGCGGAUAGAAGCAACUUAG